AUGAAGUCAAUCUGGGUGCUCCGCCAACGAUAUCUCGACGCGUGGCAGAGGACCAGCUGCACCGCGGAAUUAAGAGGAGAGCUAUUAAAGAGCCGUCCGAAUUUCGUCUCCUUUUGCGAACAGGAGACUGAAGCAAUGGGGAGUGGUGAAAUUGUAGAAGAGUUGAAGCAAUGGGGAGUGGAAGGCAAAAAGAGGUCCUUGCAAUCGCAAACAUUUCUCAGAUACUUGGGACCUAUUCCUGAUACUGCUCUAAAGAGAAUUAAAGACGAGAUAUUCUCAAUAAUGGAACAAAACGAGACGGGCUGCCAAACUCCUCAAGCCCCCAUUUUAUGCGUCAACAACUGUGGCUUUUUCGGCACUGCAGCCACCAUGAACAUGUGCUCCAAGUGCUACAAAGAUAUCGUAUUGAAGCAACAACAGGCCGAGCUUGCUGCCUCAUCCAUACAAAGCAUCGUGAAUGGGAGCUCAAGCACCUCAGACAAGGUCCCGGAAAACAUCAAUGCCGUUGAAAAAGCAAAGGCUGUUGUGUCCGAACCUGUUAUUACAAUACCUUCACCACAAGAAUCAUCAGCACCCUUACCCUCUGUAAGCGAGAAGAAGGAUGAUAUUAAACAGGGCCCAAAACGUUGCGGAACUUGCAAUAAGCGGGUUGGAUUGACGGGAUUCAAUUGCCGAUGUGGCGAUAUUUUCUGUGCCGUUCAUCGUUAUUCUGACAAACACGAGUGCCCGUUUGAUUAUCGAGCCGCAGGCCAGGAAGCCAUAGCCAAAGCCAAUCCAGUUGUUAAGGCUGAGAAGCUUGACAAGAUAUAGAAUUGUGGAAGAAGUUCGUUUUUGCCUCUUGGGGUAAUGUUUUAUGCUUUUUCCAUUUUCUUCUUUUCAUCUCCAUCUAUUAUUGGACGUGUGGGUUACUUUGUUUUGUGGCGCUCGAUAGAGUCUUCCUUGGCCUUUGAGGGGUUAAGAUGCAUUAAGUUGGGGGGGUCUCUUUUGAGCCGAACAAAUUUCGGGUGUUCUUAUUUAGAACAAGAGUGUGGUCCUAUGGUUGUGGUCCUCUGUGUUUUUAGUGCUUUGUUAAAGGUUUGGUUUGGUUUGGUUUGGUUUGGCAAUUAUUUAUGAUGGUUAAAUUUCUGUACUUUGACUUUGUUAUGGCAUGAAGUUUAGGUUUUUAGGUGUGGUAAUAAUAUGUAGUUUUGUCAAUCUUGAUCUUGACUGUCUCUUGGGAAUUUAUAGUGUGUGGUGUCUAAUUUGAAAAGGUUCAUAAAAAUUCUGCUGGUCUAAAGAAAAUUGACUGGUAAAUGCACAAACUUUCAAG